UUUCAAGUGUCUUUCCUGAGACAGAACUCAUUGGUUAAACUAUUUGAAAAAGAAAAGCUGUUAAAAUACAACAACGUAGAAAUGAGUACUAUGAACGUUUUAUUCGUAACACUGUCAAUGAUUGUUCUGGUGCAGACUGUAAUUGGAAGUACCUACUACAGAUCAUGCAAGUCACAAACAGAGCUAUGUGUCAAUCUCAGAUGCCAAGGCUAUUCCUCAAGGACUAAUUUGCCAUUUAGCUACAACUAUGGCUGCUGCAAAGGAAAAAUAUUUGACGAAAGAAACUUUGUGUGCGUAUCUCGCCUUACUUCGUCUGGUUACAAAACUGCCAUUGAAAGAUGUAAUCCUUGCCGUCAGUACAAGUGUGGAAAUGGGCAGUGUAUAUUAUCUCAUUGGAAAUGCGAUAAAACAAAGGAUUGUAUGGACGGAAGUGACGAGGUUGGCUGUGGUAGCUGUUCGAGCAGCCAGUUUCGCUGCAGAAGUGUUAAUCAAUGCAUCAGUGCCAGCUAUGUGUGCGAUAAAGACAACGACUGUGCCGAUGGAUCUGAUGAAGCAGGCUGUCCAAGUCCACACGGUGGUAAAUGUGGAUUCAACUCUUUCCGUUGCGAUAACAACAGAUGCAUACAUUGGACAAAAGCUUGUAAUGGUAGACGUGAUUGUACAGAUGGCUCCGAUGAAACAGGUUCAAGGUGUAGAAGACAUGCACUUUAUGGAAAGAAACGAAGUGAAAUUCCGAGAGGUGCCCCAGGUGCGGCUAAAGAUGGUGAAUCGGGAACUUUUGCACAAUAAAUUUUUGCUUCAUUUCGAUUUAAAAAAGGUUUUUCAUACGGCUUAAAUGUUAUUAAUUACUUAGUAUAGUUUAUAUUACUACCUUGUAACGUUUUUAGUUUAAAACGAUCACUUCAAUUACACUUUAGCAUUGCAA